CUCCCUCUCUCUCUCUCUCUCUUUCUUAAAAUGACAUCGGUCUGCCUCGGAACAUGAUAACAGAUAAGGCUCUCCGCGCUCGCCGUUGUCGGGCUAUCCGCAAUGACGACAACUUGAAACCCAAAUAAGCAGGCGUAGUUGCGUUUACCCCCCCCCCCACCAAAAUAUUUAUAUAUACAUAUAUAUAUAUAAAGGGGGGGUCGCACUGGAUCCCGGUCCACGCGCGCCCGAGAGGAAUAACAAGAGGAGAGGAUUGUGCGGCGCACAUGCCAAACGCUCCGACGUGUGCUCCGGCACCUCUUUCCAGAUCUUGACGAAAGUCUUCAAGUGCGGGUAAAGUCAGCAUGUACGUGCACGGUUCGGUACGAGCUAGCCUGGGAUUUCUUGGCUUGUGCCUGGUCGCCUUUGUCCAACAAUCCGCUUCAGGAAGUAAAAGCAGCCAAGAUGUGGACGAGUGUGCAGAGGCACUGGACAAUUGCAGCAUCGACGCCAUCUGCCAGAACACAAUGAAAUCCUACAAGUGUAUCUGCAAGUCGGGCUAUAAAGGGGAUGGUAAACAUUGUGAAGAUGUCGAUGAGUGUGCAACCGAAUACAACGGUGGCUGUGUCCAUGAUUGCAUCAACAUCCCAGGAAAUUACAGGUGCACAUGCUAUGAUGGCUUCCGCUUGGCACAUGACGGGCACAAUUGUCUAGAUGUGGACGAGUGUUCAGAAGGAAACGGCGGAUGCCAGCAGAUCUGCGUCAACAUGAUGGGCAGUUAUGAAUGUCGCUGCAGAGAAGGAUUCCUCCUGAGUGACAAUCAGCAUACCUGCAUCCAACGGCCAAAAGUGCGACCGGAAGGAGCAAAAGAGGGACCCACCUGCAUGGACAAGAAUCACGGCUGUGCUCACAUCUGUCGGGAAACGCAGAAGGGGGGCAUCUCCUGCGAAUGUCGACCUGGAUUCCAGCUCACCCGUAACACGAAGGACUGCAAACUGACGUGUAACUAUGGAAAUGGCGGUUGCCAGCACAUCUGUGAAGAAACGGAUCACGGCCCCAAGUGUUCGUGCCACAUGAAAUUUGUCCUGCACACCGAUGGGAAGACGUGCGUUGGCGUGGGUGUGCGUGUGCAUGCAGGGGAGAGGAGUGUCCAGUCCCAGGCAGCCCCCCAGCUCUUCCCCAAUGAGACCUGCGCCGUGAACAACGGCGGCUGCGACAGCACCUGUCACGAUUCGGUGACCGGAGUUCGCUGCAGCUGUCCCGUCGGCUUCACGCUGCAGCCGGACCGCAAGACCUGCAAAGACAUUGACGAGUGCCGCCUGAACAACGGCGGUUGCGACCACGUGUGUCGGAACACGGUGGGCAGCUUCGAGUGCAGCUGCAAGAAAGGCUACAAGCUGCUGACCAACGAGCGGACGUGUCAAGACAUUGACGAGUGCUCCUUUGACCGCGCCUGCGACCAUUUCUGUGUCAACUCAGCGGGAAGCUUCCAGUGCCUUUGUCACAAGGGCUACGUCCUCUAUGGCCUUGCACACUGCGGAGAUAUUGACGAAUGCAGUAUUAACCGAGGAGGUUGCAAAUACGGCUGCAUUAACACCCUGGGAAGCUACGAGUGUACCUGCCCGCCCGGAUUCAAGCUGCACUGGAACAGAAAGGAUUGCAUCGAGUUGGUGAAAUGCCCCCCGGGCCUUUUCGCCCCCAAGGCCACGCUCACCUGCAGCAAAACGGGCAAGAAAGAGAGCUGCUCGCUCACCUGCGCCUCCAAGGCGCACUACCUGGCGGAGUCUGACAACAGCUACUCCGUGAGCUGCGGCAUCCCCAUCGUCAGGGGGAAGUCGCCCGUCAGGCUCAACUCCAGCAGCAGUCAAAGCUGCAUAGAGACUUUGGCGCCUCCGGUGAAGCAGACGGCGUCUUUCAAGAUUAAAAAUGCCAAAUGCCACCUGCACCCUAAACUGACUGGCAGGACGGAGGACAGGGGGCGGACCCUCGGACAAGGAGGGGGUCAGCCCUGCAGUAAUUGCCUGGUGACGUUUGUCAAUCUCAAAUGUGACUCGUCAAAGAAAGCUAAAGGGCGGCGCGCUCGCAACCCCACGAACAAAGAGGUAACGCGCAUCACUUUGGAGCUGGAAGCAGAGGUCAAAGCUGGAGACACAACAGGAAGUUGUAACCUCAGCUGCCUCAGACAACGUAUGGAGAAGCAAGUGAAGACUUACAUCAAGGCGCUGAAGAAGUCCAUCAACCAAGAGCGCUUCCUCAUCAGAGUUGCCGGUCUGGAGUACGAGGUGGCCCAGAAACUUCCGCAGGCUUCGCCCGUUCAAGAGAACUGCGGCCCGGGCUCCGAAAAAGACAGCGGCCGAUGCGUCAGGUGCUUGCCGGGCUCGUAUUACCACGGCGAGCAGGAGCGUUGCGUCCAGUGUCCGCCCGGCACCUUCCAGGAGAAAGAAGGGCAGCUGGCGUGCGACCUGUGUCCGGGAAGUGACGGCCACGGGCCUGUCGGAGCCCGAAACAUUUCAUCGUGCGCAGGCCAAUGUCACACCGGGUUCUUCUCGGGCGACGGCUUCAAGCCUUGCCAGCCGUGUCCCCAGGGCACGUACCAGCCGGAUUUGGGUCGGACAUUGUGCUUUCCUUGCGGGGGAGGACUGAGCACCAAGCGGGAGGGGGCCAGCUCCUUCCACGAUUGUGAGGUCAAAGUGCAGUGUUCUCCGGGCCAUUACUACAACACCACGGUGCACAGGUGUAUCCGCUGCCCGGUCGGAACCUAUCAGACUGAGUUUAGGCAGAACUACUGUAUUUCCUGCCCAGGGAAUACCACCACAGAUUUUGACGGCGCCACUAGCGUCUCUCAGUGCAAGAACAGGCAGUGUGGCGGUGAGAUGGGCGAGUUCAUGGGCUACAUCGAGUCCCCUAACUACCCCGGUAACUACCCGGCAAACGUGGAGUGCAUUUGGAACAUCAACCCGCCCAGCAAGCGCAAGAUCCUUAUCGUGGUGCCGGAGAUCUUCCUGCCCUCAGAGGACGAGUGCGGAGAUGUGCUGGUGAUGAGGAAGAACUGGUCAGCUACAUCCAUCACCACCUACGAGACCUGUCAGACGUACGAGCGACCCAUCGCCUUCACGGCGCGCUCCAGGCGCCUCUGGAUUAACUUCAAGUCCAACGAGGCCAACAGCGCCAGGGGCUUUCAGAUCCCCUACGUGACUUAUGACGAGGACUACGAACAGCUGGUUGAGGACAUCGUGCGGGACGGAAGACUCUACGCGUCAGAAAACCAUCAAGAAAUCCUCAAGGAUAAGAAACUGAUAAAGACGCUUUUUGACGUGCUGGCUCACCCAAACAACUACUUCAAGUACACGACCCGGGAGUCCAAUGAGAUGCUUCCCCGGUCCUUCAUACGUCUCAUCAGCAGCAAAGUUUCUGCUUUCCUGCGACCAUACAAGUAAACGCGUCCCCGCAGUUCCGUAAACAUCCCCGUCCCCCCCUUACAGGCUACAUCCUGCAACUCAUAAAGGACUUCGACACACAAAAUACACACUUUUGUUUUGUAACCCUCUUUUGAUUUCCAUUGACAAACCUGCAAAAUACUGAA